CGUGCGGUGUGUCAUUGAGGAUUGAAACCUGUUGGGGUUGGGGCGAAAGCUAAGAGGGGAUGGAUAGACGGGAAUUAAAUUUUAAGUGAGGUAAAAGAGCCGCUUGUCCGAAAGACUGCCACUAGGGAAUUACAGCGAUCUUAAACAAAGGCUUCAGUUCGAGUGGAAUUUACAGGCGAGUGCUGUGGUAAGGAUGACGAUGGCUCAUGUAGGAGCAAUAGUUGCGACCGUCACAGGGGUGAUGGCAAUUCUCCUUCAUUCCUCAAUACACAAGAUUGAAGAGGGGCACCUGGCUGUUUACUACAGGGGAGGCGCUCUUCUUACUACUCCAAAUGGCCCAGGCUACCACAUCAUGCUGCCGUUCAUCACCACAUACCGAUCUGUCCAGACAACCCUCCAAACAGACGAGAUAAAGAAUGUGCCUUGUGGAACUAGUGGGGGUGUCAUGAUCUACUUCGAUCGAAUUGAAGUGGUCAACAUGCUGGUUCCUUCAGCAGUAAUUGACAUCGUGAAGAACUACACCGCAGAUUAUGACAAGACACUAAUAUUUAACAAGAUCCACCAUGAGCUGAAUCAGUUCUGCAGUGUUCACACCCUCCAGGAGGUAUACAUUGAACUGUUUGACAUUAUUGAUGAGAAUCUCAAGAUUGCCCUUCAGAAGGACUUGAAUGUCAUGGCGCCCGGUCUCACUAUCCAAGCUGUCCGUGUUACUAAGCCCAAAAUUCCAGAGGCUAUAAGAAGGAAUUUUGAACUGAUGGAGGCAGAGAAGACCCGGCUGCUCAUCACCGCUCAGACCCAGAAGGUGGUGGAGAAGGAGGCGGAGACCGAGAGGAAGAAGGCCAUCAUUGAGGCCCAAAAGAUUGCCCAAGUGGCUGAAAUUCAUUUCAAGCAGAAAGUCAUGGAGAAAGAAACUGAGAAAAGGAUUUCUGAAAUAGAGGAUGCAGCAUUUCUGGCCAGAGAAAAGGCCAGGGCAGAUGCAGAGUACUACACAGCAGAGCGGCUAGCUGAAGCUAAUAGGUUGAAGCUGACUCCAGAGUACCUAGAGCUCAUGAAGUACCAGGCGAUUGCAGCCAACAGCAAGAUCUACUUCGGCCAGGACAUUCCCAACAUGUUUGUGGACAACAGCGCCUCCCAUGGCAGGACUCAGAGUGAGCCAGGCUUCCAGGAGCUGCUGGACUCCCUGGGUAGGGCAGAGAAGCACAGGAAAGCAGCUCGCUCCACAGUAACGGACUCCAAAGUGGACGCCACGCUCUGAGAACGGGGGCCUGAAGGCCCAGGCCCUCCUGGUCUGUCUGCUGGAGAGUUUUUGUGGCAUGCUUUCUCAACUUUCCUCUUCUAAAGGUAGAAAUGAUGGAGCUGACUUCUGACAGGUCUUUAGAGUGCUAAUGGAAUGUGGCAAGAUAGUUCUUGAAUGAAGUUGUCAUGCGUGUCAGCUCUGCAAAACGGGACAGGUAAGUAUUCAAACUGAAAUUUACAAAUGCUGCCUCAAAUACUGCUGCAGAUUAUGAAUAAUGCUUAAGUACUACUGGAAUGGAAGUAAAUUGAAUGUGAUGAAUGCAGUGUGAAAGUAGCCACAUUUUUUUAAAAGUGUACAUCAUUAUUGGGUGACUCAAACAAUACAUUUUAUAUGCAACUUUUGGAUUUGCAAAUUUCUACAUUUGUUUGGUGACAUACAUCUUUCUGAUUAAUCUGCAUUUACACUCAGAGGGGUAAUCAUUUGGCUCUGUGUAUUAUUCUUUUAUUUGUAUAACUGGAAUUAACUGGCUAGCUUUUAAGAAAAUUCACAAAUUGAGCAUCUGGAAUGCGACAUUGCUUACUCUCAUUAAGUAAUUGUUUUUGUUAUAUUAAUAAACUAUUGGAGUACCAACAUUGCAGCAAUAGACAGUUUAACAGUAGGAGUAAGUGAUUUAGCUUUUAGUUAACAGUGAAUCCUGAAAUGAAACAAACAGCAUCAUGCAUCAUCAAAUGUGAUCUGUUUAAUAUACCUUUACUAAUUCCAUGAUUUGCAUUAAGGUCUCACUGAAAACGAAGCUUUUGGAAUCCAGAAAAAAUCGUCCUGUAUUACUUGUUGAAAUAUAUGUAAGUUGUGUGCAGUAGUUUCCACAUGCACAAACAUUGGUUGUACUGUUGAAUUACUGUUGAAUUGUUUGAAGACAUAUCUUAUAAGGAUUUUGGAGCACAGUUAAACACUACAGACAGGUUGAACACUAGAGGGCGAACAGGGCUAGACUCUUUAAACAAACAAAAA